GCGCUCUUGUGGAUCACGUUGUGUCCGUUUCCUCUUUGACAUUGUGUUGACAUUUCCGGAACAUUCGUCAUUCGGGGCAUUGUGCACAAUCUCCAAAAGAAGUUUUGUUGGUCCUAAAAACCUCCCAGGAUGAUGUAGCGCCAUGUUUUUGUUUCUCGUAGUAAUGUCCUUAUUCCGGCAGUUGUCCUGCGAAACCGAACCUGGCAAUGAUGACGCGCACAUCGAAUCUCUUCUGCAGAUGCUAUUUUACGAGUCUACGUUCUCUCCACCUCCCGCUGUCUCUACGACACAACGCAUACUCCCAUACUUUGAGACUACGACCACUGCUGCCAACCUUACCACACAACUCGGCAACUCCGUCACAUUCCACUGCCGAGUCAACGAUCUUGUUGACGAAGCUUCGGUUUCGUGGCUACGAAGACGCGACGGGCAACUUCACCUCCUCUCAGUGGGAGUGGAGGUGUACAGCACCGAUGGCCGGUUCACAGCAGCCUUCGCCUCUCCCAAUGACUGGCAACUGCGCCUCACAACCGCCCAGGACCGGGACCAGGGCUUCUACGAGUGUCAGGUGUCCUCACAUCCCCCCAUAGUCUUCACUGUGUAUCUCCAGGUAGUCGUGCCGGAACUUGAAAUCGCAGACGAGAGGGGUCUGCCCAUCAGAAACAAGUUCUACAACGCUGGUAGCACCAUAGAACUCAAAUGUAUCAUCAGCAGGGUUUCAGAACCAAGCAAUCUGAUCACUUGGACCCAUGGGACUCGAGUUCUCAACUUUGACACAUCCAGAGGCGGAAUAAGUGUCAAGACCGAUGUGAUUGCUGGAGGAGCCAAGAGUCGUCUGUUUAUAGCCAACGCUCGCACUGUGGACUCUGGAAACUACACUUGCUCUCUCGCUGAGCUCGCCUCUGCUACAGUAACUGUACACGUCCUCAAUGGGGAGACACCAGCGGCUAUGCAGCAUGGCGCCAGCACCACCCCUCUCCCAUCAUUGUUUCUUUGUGUCCUCCUGUUGUUAUUGUCCACGAGAUAACAUUCGUCCAGACCCGAGUGAACUGGACCUGCCUCUUUGUCCUCUGUAUUUCAAUGAGUCGGUGAUUCUCAUCGCAACAUAUUUUUCGUAACGAUGUAGUGAUUUGUGAACACAGUUUUUGUAUACGACUAGAUGGACCUGUCAUCGUUUUAUCAAAUAAGUUAUUACAACAUUUAUUUAACUUUUCUGUGAAGUUUCCUUUAAACGAAGGAAUUAAAACUGUAAAAAUAUGUUUUGUUAGUUAAUCAGGAAUCCAAAUGUACGUUUUACCUACUUAUUAGAUUUUUAUUGUAGUUGUUUAUGAAUAAUUUGUUAAAUUGUUGUAUUUUAAUUCAAAUAAAAAUAUUUAUAUUGUAUAAUUAUAAUUAUUAUCAUU